AAUUAGAUUUGCUUUAGUUUUUUCUCCUCUCCUUUUGUGCGUGUUCAAUGACAACAAAUUGGCGGUUGUAAGCAAAUUGGGAUAAUCCUGGUUGAAAGUGUCCAGAAAUGGGUUGAGAAUGCAGAGAAAAAUGAUAUUGAUUGGCCCAUGCAUGAAUAAGGUGCAAGCGAGAUGAUAAAGAAUGUAGAACAAGCCACAAACAGCAACAACAGCAAGUUCAUAAUAAAAUUACAAAAAAACCAUUUGUUGUUGCAAACAGAAUGAUUAAUGUCGUUGGCGUAGCGUGAAGUCGAAAAUAUGUAAGUGAAGCCAAAAAACGCGAAAUACAGCUGUAGACGCACAGCGCCGUAAGUGGCAGCAUUUCGCCUUCAUAUGACUAACGUGCGACUGAGGCUAACUCAGUGCGCGUUCACAUUUUCAUAUGCAUUGACCAAGUUUUGGCCGAGACGACAGUCGGGCAGUCGGUGAGCCGACUGUCAGAGAGGGCGACCAAGUGCGGGCACAUGCGCAGCAGUAGGUCGUCGUAUAAGAGUGGCGAGCUUUUGACUUCACGUGCGAUUGGGACGAAACGAGUUCAGCCAGGAGUGAAGGCAACGGACGUUGGGGCUGGUAAGGGUUUGUUGACACUUGGCAGGCACGAGGCUCGCCGACACGGGCUGAAGGAAAAUGCUCACAGCCAGCAAGUAGCGUGUCAGUUUGUGUACAGCGCGCGAGUCCAGUCGACGUCGGAUUUUCAAGCGAUAGCAAGUGAGCGUUAAGCGUGGCGGGAAAACGCUGUCGAAGAAGGAUAUACGCCAUGUCUCGCUAAGUUAAGUCACGUCGUGCGUUGUACGUUUAUUAAAAGGUGUGUUAACGGGAAUUUCUGAAGGAGAAAACAAAAAAUUAUUGCUUUUAAAAACCAAAAUCAAAAAGAAAAACCAAAAAAAAAAAAUACUAAAAUUGCCAGUCAAGUCGUGAGUCGUAGUAGCACAAAUUGAAAACGUAAUCGAUUGCUGCCAAGACAAACAUACACGUACAUGCAUAUCAACCAACUGAAAACCCAAUCGCAUUUAUUAUACGUUAAGGCGGGCGCUUUUUGCCUCCUUCCUGUGGCGCUGUGAAGUGAGUUUGACAUUCGAUAGAUAAUCGCGCGCCACUUCAUCAUAUUCAGUUUUAGCGAUGCCCGUGUAACGGUUGUGCGGUUGUGUGUGAUAAAUAGUCCCGCCCGCGAGGAAUUAAAUGUCACUCAUACGCUGUGCGCUCGGCAGAAGCUCCUCUCGAUAUCUCGAUACAUUCGCGGCAAUUCCGUGCAGCGCUGCUACUGUUUGUGUGUUUGUGCGCGUGAAACCGGAUUUUCCGCUAUGAUGCCUUGAGUGCGGAUAAAAGCGGAAAGAAAAAAAGAAAUAGAAAAUAGAAAGCAACAACAAAAAUUUUUCAGUGAAAUUCGUCGUAACGGUAAAGAGGAAAAGUGCUAAGCCCCAAAACCGCGCUCCCGAAAUGGAAACCCAAUCACAUCAACUGCCACAAAAAUAAACAAAAAUACCAGUCUGUGUGAUUGUGUGAAUGUGAGGUUGUGACUGCUCGAGCUCGUGUGCGCUUUUAGGGUUGUGCUGCGGAGGAUUUUCCGUUGAUGCAAUCUCGUGCUAGAAACCGCGCGUUUUCGCUGCUUCCGCAACCAUUUAAGCGGAUCCGCUGCUCAUUCUGCUUGUCGGACUGUUGUGGGUGUUUUAUUUUGCUGUGCCACAAAAGAAUAAUAAUAAAGCAAAAUCGUAAUGGCCCUCCACGGCCGCCACAUUCUCAGCUGCGUCUAAACCAAUUUUUCUAAUCGUGAUCAUCAUCAAAAUACAAACGCCUAAGCGCAAAUAGUGUGCGUGCCUACGUGUGCAGGUGUGAGUGUGCGCGAGUCUAUUUAGUUUCCAAUCGCCCACGCCUUUGCUAAAUUGGGCGACUGCAAAGCAAAUUGUUGGUGUUAUUAUAAUUGCCGCUGAUUAAGAUCUCGCGCCGCGACCAUAAGUGAUUAAGUUGCUCGACGUUCUCCUGCGUGAUGUAUCGGAAGUGUUGAAAAUAAAAUCUGAAUCAAAAUUAAUGGUCGUGGGUCGAAAUCAUUUAAUGGGGCUGAAAGCAAAAGUGGCAAGAAACAGUAAAAGCGCAACAAGCGGCUGGUAAAUGGAGGGAGGACUCAACCCUGCGCGCAUUUCCUAAGAGUGGCCGGAAGACGGGUGCUUACGCGUAUCAUUAAAUUCGUUUCGGUAGUCAAUUGCUAUCGUCCGUCGCCAUGGUCCGUGGUUAUUCGUGGCCGUUGUAUGUGUGUGCGUUAGUAUCCUUUGAAGUGUCGGUGUAGCGGAGUGGCGGGUUUCGUGUCAACUCUUCAGGAAUUAUUAAUAAGAGUGCGAGUGUGAUCGAAACGCACACAGUGAGCAAAGAGCGUGUUGAUGUACGCAGUUGUGUAGCUUUGUUGUUAUUGGAUAGUGCCACCUCACCACUCUGAAAGGGAAGAUUUUAAUGUCCACCUGCCGGGCAGCGACAAUGGUUUAUUAUUGACAGUUUCGUGCGGCGAAGAAAGGGUAAUUUCGGUCUCACUCUUACCGUUUUCGUCUAUGGUCAACUGGGCCAAAUAUGCCGAGCCGAGGAUGCGAGUAUAAAUCAAAUUUAGCCAUUUCCAGUUGCCUGCGCAGUAAGAGUAUUUAAAUCAGUGCAGCACAGUUGAGGGCUCGCAAGUUUUGCGGUGGCCGCACAUACCACACGCCACAUAUUCCGCACCAGAACAACAACAUUCAGCAGAUACAAAUACCGAAAUUGGCACUAUGUCCAGCCAUUCGGGUACGAUUGGCCGCAAGCGCGGUGGCAGCGCCAGUGAGUACUACUUUGGUGGUGGCGGCGACCAGAUGCGCCGGCAGCGCUCAGCUGAAUGGCACAGCCACCAUGGCUACAGCAGCAGCGAGGACGAGUAUCAAAACACGGCUCAGUCGACGGCCUUCGACACGCAACUCUUGGCACAGCUGCUGCUGCAGAGUCAGCAAUUGGCAAAUCUGGAUCGUUAUGGCUCUGACUGUGACAACCCGGAAAUAUCCACUUCACGCCUGACUGAAUACCCGAACUCAUUGCGUGACCACAGCGCCGUCUCAGCUUUUCAUCUACAAAUGACACAACAAAACACAGGACUGUGUUCACCCAUGAAACAACAGACUGCACUCGCUGCCUCCGUUGCAGCAACACAAGCCACUGCCCAAAAUAAAUAUCAAGGCAACCAGCCGUCACCGAGUGUGGCACUUCUGCCAAGCAGCACAAACGUAACGCGCAGUACAAACCCAUUCCUCAAUGCCAAAUACGACUCACAAUCAAACUCGGACUCAUUGAGCGAUCGGCUGUCAUACUCUGGCAGCGUUGUUAUGCUAGAUCGUUUACAAGCAGCCGUGGAGAGCGCAGCCACUGGCAAUGGCGGAGCCGGCUUAAGUGCUCUGAAUUCUUCCUUUUUAUUGCCCACCAGUUCAACUGCUAGCAGUCUCAAUCCAGGUGCACGUGAGAGCCUAGGUGGCGGAGCGACGCGAAACCAUCGCACGAAAAGCGGUCGCACGCUAAGCCGUAACGGCACAGCUGGAAAUGGUGGUGCAGGUGGUACUACCGGUGGUAUGACCUCCUCUAGUAGUGGCGCCUCGUCAUCAGCAGAGACUGCAGCUGCCAUAGCCAGUCGAAGCGAGCGCGAGAAGCUUAAACUUCAACAAAUUCAAAACGAAUUACGUGAGUACGCGCAAUCGACGGCAGAAAGCUCCAUUGGUUUGGAUUUGGAGGAAUUUGGCGCUUCCGGCGGUGAAUCUGAACCACCACCAGAGCCAGCGCCACCGGAAAUUCCGCCACGCACACAGUCGCUUCUGAUGUCCUUACGAAAGCACUCGGAUUACAAGCUUAAAUACGACGACAAAGGCGACCAAAAGCACGAGGAAUUCAUACCAACCAGUCAAUUGCAGCAACAACAGCAACCGUCGCAGAAAGAUUUCAUAAUUACCGACAAUUUACGUUCUGCUGAAAACCAAUCGAAAUCAAGCGAUUCGCAGAGCCAAUCCGGAUUGGGUCCAAUGCCGGUCGGGCAUCCACAACAGAUGGCGCAAAGUAUGUCAACAGGCAAUAAUACGCUGGGCCACGGUGGCAUCGAUCGAGGCGGCGGCGGUGGCGUACCUGGCGGUGGUGGUGUUGGGCCCGGCAUGAAUGGACCUGGCGGGCCGCAUUGCCAGAUGAGCGGCUCGCAGCCACUGGUCAUGCCCGGGUUCCCAUUGCGUAACUCCCACUCAGCGCACACACCGCACUACUCACCAUAUUCACCAUCCAGGUUUCACAUAGAUAAGCGCUGUCAGCACCGAUGUUCCUGGAAGUGUUUGAGUAUCGCCUUAAUACUAGUUACAGUCGUCCUAAGCGCCAUGUUGACCUACUUUGCAGCUGUCAGUUCGAUGAAGCCCAACAUGGACACCACAAAUUGCAUCCUAGUCCAAGAUGUCAAGUCGCAACCACACGACCUGCACGGCAAUAUGAAGUCGAGCGGCAACAGUGCCAAUGGCGGCCAGAUUCCGACUGCCUACCCCACAGAAGAGUCGAUUCAGACGAGCACAUCGGACCACAGUGGCACCAGCACAGGCUAUGGUGGCAUGCAGAACUCAGCGCCGUCACUACAGCUGCAACAGCAACAGCAAUUACUACUGCAACAGCAGCAACCGCACGCCAUCAACCAUCAGCAGACGCAGGCUGGUAUCCCACAAGAUGCCACCUCUCAUCUACAGGACCAAUCGUACUCGGCGCAACAACAACAGUCUGCCCAACAGCAACAGCAGCAACUGCUGAAGUGGCCGCAGGUGGUGGAGCUAAAAGACUUUAACGAAUUCUACCACGCCAACAUACCGCCAUAUCAGUUUUGGAACCUUGAAUUUCGCAACAAGCACCCGGCCUUCAUACGGUUCAACUUCACACUGCCGUGGGGCGCUAGUUUUGCGGUUUAUUCGCGCCGCAACGUGGCACCAUCUGUAACGCAACACGAUUUUGUGGAGUUCAUCAAAGGUGGACGCCUCGAUAGUCAUUUGCGACACAAGCGCGCUGCCCAGUGGCGCAACGAGAGCGGCCAGGGCUUCAAGGAUUUCCACACUGAUUUAGAUUGGCUCAGUGGGGGUGUCGAUGAUGCUGGUGGCGAGGCCGACGACAGCGAGUUGCAACGCGUCUCCCACGAGUCGAAUGUAGGAGUGCGCCGUUUGCCUGGUUUCUAUGCAGACACGGAUGAUUCUUUAGCUGACGAGUUAUUGGAAAAUGAUGACUACUAUGAUGGGGAAUAUGAUAUAGAGACGCCAUUGGACACAGCCAAGCAUUAUGCACAGCGACAGAAGACAACUCAGCACAGUCUGUACAAGCGAUCGGCUAUGGGCGUGGCUGCUGGGGGCAUCGGCAUGGCUGACGGCAUGGGUGGUCUACCAGCCCUCGACUUGGAUACCAUGAUGGUGAAUGUGUCGCUGCUGCAGUACUUGGACACGGGCUUGUGGUUCAUUUCCGUCUACAACGAUGAGCUGGUGGCACACUCGGUCACGUUGGUGGUCGAGGAGGCGGAGGGUGUGAGCACGACGUGCCCCAACGACUGCUCGGGACGCGGUAGCUGCUACCUGGGAAAGUGUGACUGCAUCGACGGUUAUCAGGGGACAGACUGUUCAAAGAGUGUCUGCCCAGUGCUUUGCUCAGCUCAUGGCCAUUACGGGGGUGGCAUUUGCCACUGCGAGGAGGGCUGGAAGGGCUCCGAGUGCGACAUUCCCGUCGGCGAGUGUGAGGUGCCGAACUGUUCCAGCCACGGACGAUGCAUUGAGGGCGAGUGCCAUUGUGAAAGAGGUUGGAAGGGCCCAUUCUGUGACCAACAUGACUGCCUGGAUCCGCUAUGCUCCGGCCAUGGCACUUGCGUCGCUGGCCAGUGCUACUGCAAGGCGGGCUGGCAGGGCGAGGACUGCGGCACCAUCGAUCAGCAAGUGUACCAGUGCCUGCCCGGCUGCUCAGAGCACGGCACGUACGACCUGGAAACCGGUCAGUGUGUGUGCGAACGUCACUGGACUGGACCGGAUUGCUCGCAAGCUGUUUGCAGUUUAGACUGUGGUCCGAAUGGUGUUUGCGAGUCGAGCAAAUGUCGCUGUAAUCCCGGCUGGACUGGUAAUCUCUGCGAUCAGCUGCCCUGCGAUGCCCGGUGCUCGGAACACGGACAAUGCAAGAACGGCACCUGUGUCUGCUCGCAAGGCUGGAAUGGGCGUCACUGCACGCUGCCCGGCUGCGAGAAUGGUUGUUCGCGUCACGGUCAAUGUACUUUGGAAAACGGCGAAUAUCGCUGCGAUUGCAUUGAAGGUUGGGCCGGAUCUGACUGCUCGAUAGCGCUGGAAAUGAAUUGCAAGGAUAACAUAGACAAUGAUGGCGAUGGCAUGACUGAUUGCUCGGACAGUGAAUGCUGCUCGCAUCCCGCCUGCGCCGAGCACAUUAUGUGCCUGUCUUCCAAUGACCCUGUCGAGGUCCUACUACGCAAGCAACCACCUUCGGUCACCGCAUCCUUUUACCAACGCGUCAAAUUUCUGAUUGAAGAGAACUCGGUGCAGUCGUACGCACACAUGGACGAAUAUAGCGAAAAUCUUUUCUGGAACUCGUUCACGCCUUGUCGAGUGUCGGUUAUGCGUGGACAGGUCAUCACGCCGCAAGGACUGGGCAUUGUCGGCAUACGGGUCUCGGUGGAUCGGGACUCGCGUUUCGGAUUUACACUGACACGACAAGGUGGAUGGUUUGAUGUGCUCGUUAAUGGUGGCGGUGCAGUGACGUUGCAGUUCCAGCGCUCCCCCUUCAGGCCACUCACGCGCACCGUCUUUGUGCCGUGGAAUCGAAUUGUGGUGUUGCCGCCUGUGCAGAUGCAGCUCAGCGACGACGAUGAAAGCAGCGGCCGCAGCAUCAAGGUGGCUCCGAUGAAUCCGGCUCUGACCUUCCUCAACUCGAUACUCUAUCACUUUGCGGACGAGCAGGUGGAUGUGAAUAAAAUAUGCGUCGAACACGACCACGAGGAGCUGAAGCCGCAAUUAAUAAGCACUUGGAUGCCGAACGGCGUGGGCGCGAUGCCGGGCAAGCGUGUCAUAUUUGCCGAAACGCAGAUCGUUCAAGAGUCUAUUCAGAUACCCGGUUCGGAUUUGCAUCUUACAUAUCAGUCAUCGCAAGCAUCGGGUUACCUGAGCAUCGUACGCAUGCGUCUCACGGCCGAGAAAAUACCAAAGACACUUACCCAUGUGCAUGUGGGUGUGGAGAUUGAGGGUGCCUUGCAUGUGAAGACCUACGAGGCCGACCCGAACCUGAUACACACAUUCGCCUGGAACAAACGCAACGUGUAUCGCCAGAAAGUGUAUGGCGUCACCAUUGCACGUAUCUCAGUCGGCUACCAGCACUCGACUUGCAAGAUGCCCGUCUGGAUUACGCAGACAGCCAAGUUGCAAGGAUACGAUGUUGACAUCUCCGAUAUCGGUGGCUGGGGUCUGGACAUACAUCACCAUUACAAUUUCCACGAAGGCAUUUUGCAGAAGGGCGACGGCAGUACACUCCACAUGAAAGAAUAUCCACGCACGGUUAAAGUGGUUAUGGGUACUGGUCUACAGCGGCCGCUCAACUGUCCAGAUCACUGCAACGGCAUAGCCAAGGAUGCCAAGUUACUCACGCCCAUCGCAUUGGCCUCGGGUCCAGAUGGUAGCUUGUAUGUGGGUGACUUCAACUUGGUGCGACGUAUCACACCCGAUGGCAAAGUCUACACAAUUUUGCAACUCAGUGCCACCCAGGUCUCCUACCAAUAUUACCUCGCCGUUUCGCCCGCCGAUGGCCAUCUCUACAUUUCCGAUCCGGAAAGACAUCAAAUUCUACGGCUACUGCGCUUAGAGAAAGUCAAAGAUCCCAGCAUCAAUAGUGAGCCGAUUGUGGGCAGUGGUCAACGUUGUAUACCAGGCGAUGAGGGCAACUGUGGUGAUGGUGGCCCGGCUUUGCAGGCCCGCCUCUCCCAUCCUAAAGGUCUGGCGAUUGCCGCUGAUCGCACCAUGUAUAUAGCGGAUGGUACGAACAUACGUGCUGUGGAUCCAAAAGGCAUAAUACAUACACUUAUCGGUCACCAUGGUCAUCAUAACCACUGGAGUCCGGCGCCUUGUUCCGGUACGCUAAUGGCAAACCAAGCGCAGCUACAAUGGCCCACCGGACUCGCGCUAAGCCCACUAGACGGCUCUCUGCACUUCAUCGAUGAUCGCCUGGUGCUCCGCCUGACUUCCGAUAUGAAAAUACGAGUCGUUGCCGGCACUCCAUUGCACUGCAACAACAACGGUCAGGACAAGACCAAUCACACAUCAGACAAUGUGCUCGGAACGGUGCUCGCAAUGGCCUUCUCGCCCUUCGGUGAUCUCUACAUCGCAGAUAGUGACUCGCGGCGCGUGAACUCUAUACGCGUUGUGGACACUGCGGGUAACAUGCGAUACUUUGCAGGAAAACAAGAAGGCUUAGGUUCACUAACCUGCGAUUGCUCCAAUGGCAACAGCGUCAACAGUUCAACAUCCGGCCUGGCAUCCGCGCUUUCAUCAACAGGCAACGGCGGCGCUGGCGGCGGCGCCUACUCGACGACCAUGAAUCCAAAACGCACCACCACACCGACCACGCCAGCUGGCGGCGGCAGUGGGCACGGCAGUGGCGGAAACGGAAAUGGUGCUGGCGCUGGCUCAGCCUCUAGUGUGGGCGUGGGUGCGCCAUGCAUAUGCAGCGGCGGUGGCGUUGGUAUUACAGUAGGCGCUCCCAACGGCUUGGCAAGCAUGGUGGCCGGUGGUAAUUUAAUGUCAACUGGACCGACGACAACCACAACAAUAUUGCUCGGCGCCAAAACAACGGCUGCAGCGAAUGGCAUGGGCGGCGCCAUGAAUGAUGACGGCACUCUGAGCAACGCGGAGACCUUGCUAUCGUCGAAUGCACGCUUCCAGGCGAUUUCGGCCAUUUCGGUGGCACAAGAUGGGGUCAUUAACGUGGCGGAUCAAGGUUCUCUUCAUGUUCUUGCUCUCGAGCAUUAUUUACCCUCGCACGAUGAGAACGGUGAAUUCCACAUUCCCUACCCACCGUCCAGCGAAAUCUACGUCUUCAAUCGGUAUGGCCAACAUGUCGCCACCAAAGACCUCACCUCAGGAAAGACCCGUUACAGCUUCCUUUACUCAAAGAACACUUCCUUCGGCCGGCUUUCGACUGUCACCGAUGCAUCGGGUAACAAAAUUCAGUUCUUACGCGAUUACAGCAAUGUUGUGAGCUCCAUUGAGAAUACACAAGAUCACAAGUCGGAGAUACAAAUAAACGGCAUCGGCAUCAUGACCAAGCUGAGUGAAAAGGGACGUCAGGAGAUUGAGUUGGAUUAUGACAGCAACACUGGGCUGCUUAUGUCGCGCUCUUCGGGCGGAGAGACCUACAUCUACCAGUAUGACGAGUUCGGACGUGUUACAGGCACCAUCCUGCCGAGUGGUGAGAUAGUGCGCAUCACUUCACAACUCGCUGACAACAAAGGUCUCACCGUUUAUGUGCAUGCCUCGGUCGAGUCGCUCUUCUCACGCGAACGAGGUGAAACCAAUGAGCUACUUGUUUUGGGCGGUGUGCGCUCCACGUUCAUGAAGAAGGGUGGCGAGAAUGCGGAUGCGGAAAUAAAACCUAAUAACACAUUGGUCAUACACAGCGCUAAUGGCGUUGUGGUGGAGUCCUCCGCUGUUGCACGUCAUCCUCUGCUUGAGGCUGCUUUGCCGGUAGAGGCUGAGAUGUUGGCGAUGUGGUCGCAUCAGAGCGUUACAAUGGGCGAGAGCCUCACAAACAAUAUGUACUCAGUGUAUAAUUUGGUCGGCGAUGUACGUAAUCCCCAGCAGACACUUAAUCGUGAGAUUUGGGUUAAUCAGUCGCGUGUUAUUGGCGUCGAGUACGAUCAGUUCACCAAUCGUGAGACAUUCUACGACAUGAACCGCACACCCAUACUCAUUGUAGCGUACGACCAAUCUGGUUUGCCGAAAUCGUACUACCCGACCAACGGUUAUCCGGUGAAUAUCACCUACGACCGCUUCAAUCGCGUUGAGGGCUGGGCUUGGGGACCGGCCGAACUGAAGUACUCCUAUGAUCGACAUGGCUUGUUGUCAGAAAUCACCUCUCAGCAAGACGGCAUCAUAUCUUUUGUCUAUAAUGAUUGGAAUUUGGUAUCGGAAAUCGGUUUGGCGAGUCAGCGAAAGUUUGUGCUGCAAUACGACGAAUCUGGUGGUUUGAGGCAUGUACUGAUGCCAUCUGGCACCAAGCACUCCUUCAGCAUGCAGACCUCCAUCGGCUUUAUCCGUUGCACGUACAUACCGCCAGGCAGCACUCGUGCUUAUCUACAGCAUUACAGCCAUUCGGGUGCGUUGCUGCAAACCAUAUUCCCUGGAGAUGGCGCACGCAUCGUUUAUCGCUACAACUCAGGUGGCCAGCUAGCCGAGAUCGUUCACGGCGAUGGAAAGAGUGAGUUUAUCUACAACGAUGCCACUGGCAUGCCCAGCACCGUCUCCCACACUGAACGUGAAUUGGAAUAUCGUUGGGACUUUGAAUACACUGGUGGCUUGCUAAGCGAGGAGCGCAUAGAUUAUGUGGCAAAGACGGGCUUGAGCAACGCCAAGUUCACCUAUGAGUAUGACACUGACUUCCGUGUCAUCUCGAUCCAAGGGCGCAUUGGUGGCCAGAAUUUGCCCUCUCAGAACUUUGCUUAUAAUCAGCGCACAGGUCAACCAAGUUUAAUUGGGCAGUUUAAACUAAUGCAUCCUAUGUUGAAUCAAACGCAGAUCUACGAUGGCACAGCGACAUUCACCCGUACCGUGGAUGGUCGGUUUUUGACGCAGAAAGUGACUUUGUCAAUACAUCGCCUCGAGGUAUUUCGCAUGGAGUUCUCAUUUGGCAUGCAUGGAAGGAUCACCCAGACUCGCACAUACACUCGCAACAUGGCCGUCAAUACAUACACCAAUGUCAAGAACUACACUUGGGAUUGUGAUGGUCAGUUGAUCGGUGUUGAGGCUCAGGAGCCAUGGGGCUUCCGGUAUGACGACAACGGAAAUCUGCUUUCAUUGACGUACCGCGGCAACACGAUUCCAAUGGAAUACAACACGCAGGACCGGAUAGUAAAGUUCGGAGAGGGUCAAUACAAGUAUGAUACACGCGGACUUGUGGCACAGAAUGCUCGCGAAGAACGCUUCCACUACAACACGCAAGGACUAUUGGUUCGCGCCACAAAGCGCGGUCGGUUCGACGUGCGCUACUACUACGACCAUAUGAAAAGACUGACAACCAGAAAGGACAACUUCGGCAACGUGACACAGUUCUUCUACACGAACCAGCAGCGACCGUACGAAGUAUCACAGAUCUACUCGCCACGUGACGGUAAGCUAAUGUCCCUAACUUACGACGAUGUCGGCCAUCUCAUCUAUGCCCAGGUAUACCGUCACAAAUACUAUGUGGCAACAGACCAGAGCGGCACACCGAUUAUGAUCUUUAACCAGUACGGUGAGGAUAUUCGAGAGAUCAUGCGUUCGCCAUUCGGACAUAUUGUCUACGACUCGAAUCCAUACCUCUUUCUGCCCAUUGAUUUCUGCGGCGGUAUAUUGGACCCUGUGACCGCACUGGUGCAUAUGGGCGAUGGCAAAGUCUACGAUCCCCUAAUCGGUCAAUGGAUGUCACCUAACUGGGAGCACGUAUCUGAGCGCAUUAUCACACCUACUAAGAUGCACCUCUAUCGCUUUAACGGCAAUGAUCCAAUCAACGUUGACCACGAUCGCAACUAUCCCGCCGACUUUUCUUCAUGGAUGAAGAUACUAGGCUUCAGCGUUAAGAACUUGAUACCACAACUAACGCGAAACCUCUGGGAGCAACCUUCACUGUGGGGAAGGGCGCCACACAAUCCUAUUGCCUUGAACAUGAAACGUCCAAUAGAUAAUAUUCCCACCAUCGCGGUCGAGAGCGGCUUCCUGGCACACCUGAAUGUGCGCAGAAUGUCCAACUUCGAAGAUUUGUCCGCGCCGCCAAAAUCUGCGCUGAAAUUCGAUGUGAUGGACCCGAGCCCGCGCAACAUUGGCUCAGAUACGGAACCACCAUUUGGUAAGGGCAUCGUGGUGUCACGAACUAGCGAUGGCCAAGCAAUCGUAUCCAGCGUGCCAGCGGCUAACGCCAUCUACCGGGAUGUAUACACGUCCGUCUUUAACCGCUCUAAGCUCUUGCCAUUCACAUUCGUCGUGCAUAACGCGCAACAAGAUUCAUUCUUCUUCGUCAAAGAAGAAGCAUGGCGCGCCAGCGAAGAUCGACAACAACUAAAACGUCUGCAAGGCCAAGUCAAUACUACAUUCCACGAGAAUUCACGGGAAAACGGUAGCGGCAACAACUAUUUGGAUGUGAAGAUCCACGGCGCACACGCCAUCAUUAACCUGCGCUACGGUACAACAGUGGAGAAAGAGAAACAGCGGCUCAUGCAUCAUGCCAAAUUGACGGCGGUGCGGAAGGCGUGGCAUCGCGAAAAGGAGGCGUUACGAAGUGGCCUAACCACAACCAUUGAAUGGAGCCAACAAGAGAUCGACGAGAUCCUCAAACAGAGUUACGCGAACAACUACGAAGGCGAGUACAUACACGACGUAGCGCUGUAUCCCGAACUGGCGGAAGAUCCUUACAACAUCAAGUUCGUGAAGAAAAAAGGCGCAACAGGCGACGCUGCUGGUGUCACAAGUACGAGCAGACGCCGGAGGAGCCUUGAUGCACAAGCAUCAAGUAGAGGCAGAGAUGAGGUGAGUGCAGUAAGAGCUUCUGCAGCUGUAAAAGCGACGACGCGAGAUGCGCUGAAAGCGCUCAAGAAGCGACAGCUGCCCUCGAGAACUCGAAGCACGUCUGUUGAAUGCCUGCAUAGCAGCAGCAACAACAACGUCGCAUGUUAACCACAGGGAUACGAUUGGGGGGUCGGCUAAGGCCAAUAACGCUUGGUUACUAGAAAGAGACGAAAAGAAUUUGUGUUAAUUUCAAAAAAUAUAGGAAAUAAAAGAGAUUAGAAAAUAAAAAUAAUAAUGAAAUAAAUAACUGAAAACUAAUACAUAUAGCCAUUGGAUGUAGAGCAGGAGCAGAAGAAGUGCAGUGGAUGACAGAAAUAUCGAUUAAUCUAUGUAUGUAUGUAUGUAUGUAUGUAGACUAUGUAGUGAGAACGAUAUACAUAUAAUAUUAUCUGGAUGGCAAGACUUUCUCGCGAGAGUUACGCUGUGAAACGGAGUAACAUGCUUAAGGUCCCGUUAUACAUACAUCAUUACUAUAUACAACAAAAGCAAAAACAAAAACAAAAACCAUGCGUAGUUUAAUAAAUCGAUAAGUCUAUGUAUAUGUAUAUGUAUGUAUAUCUAUGUUUACAUAAAGAGCAAGCAAAGAUGGGCAGGAGAAAAAAAAUUAAAUUAAUAAAAUAGGAAUAGUAAUAAUUACAAUUACAAUAACAAAUACAAAGAAACUAAAUAAAUAUAAUAUAAUAUAAAAUGUUUUGUAUGUGUACAGUAGUGAAUAAUUCAAUAUUGUAAAGUAAAUUAAGUAAGUAUAUAUGUAUGUACAUAUACACAUAUAUGCAUGUAUGCAUAUAAUAUUUAUGCGAUAAGAUAAUUUAUGUCCUAACAAUUAAGUCAUACCAUAAAUGCAUACAUUCAGACAUGUAUAGAAACAUGCGCAUAUGUAUGUGUGCAUGUAGAAAUGCAUU